CCGGAGUCGCCCCUCGCAGUCGUCGCUGAUUGAACGCGGGGUAAAUAAUGGCGGAGUCGUGCAUUGUUAUUACGUGUGGACGAUAAUGCUUUUUCGUAUCUCGGCACGUAAACGUACGAGGCAUCGGUCCUGCUCGGGGAGAUGCGCCAGCUGAGACGCGUCUUUUCCGCCACGUCGCGAACGUGAGGCGACGCCCGAGGACCCCCUCGAGAGAUCCCAGGCGAGAGAGAGAGAGAGAGACGGAGAAGGAGAGUGACUCGCGGUUGCGUGUCGUAAUUCGGAGUAAACAGCGACGUAUCCAGCGAGUACCUCGCGACGUUACGACACCCGUCUCGCUCGGCCACCGCGGAGACGGGCCAGGAUGUGCCGCGGGCGCGUCGCACGACAUGAACGGUACAGGCGACACGUCUGAUAGCGCUCCCGUGUGCCCCGGUGAUGCGAGCGGGUCGUCCUGACGUACGUGCUGUCCGCCCGCCGUACGCGCCUGUCACUUGUGCCUGAGUACCGAGUCCCGCCGUUCAUCAUGGUGCACGGUAACAUACCGAGCGCAUACAAGUACAACUUCUGGGCGGAGCGGCCCGCGGACGCGCACGAGCCCGCCGUGGUGGAACUCACGUGCCUCAUGCCGAACGGUGUUGUCAUACCGUUCGAGAUCAAUCGCAAUAUUACCUUAGAUCAGAUCAAAGAGGAUCUGUGGGACGAGGCUAGCAAGUAUCCUCUGCACGGGACGCUGAAAGACGCGCCGUCGUAUGUAUUUUCGUGUAUUAACUCGAACGCAGAGAUAGAAGAGUUGCAGGAUGAAACGAGACGUCUCUGUGAUAUAAAGCCCUUCUGUUCGGUAUUAAAAGUUGUAGAGCGCGAGGGUAUAAAAAGCGGGAACUUGGACUCGCAAAUCGGCGUCCUGAUCGGUAAGGGGCUGCACGAGUUUGUCGCCUUGAAAAAUUCCGAGGUCAACGACUUUCGGUGGAAGAUGCGGUUUCUGGGGAACGACGUGGCGUCGAGCAGGCAGAAGAGAUGCUGGGUGGAAAAAGUGCGUUAUCAGUUCCCCUCGAGGGUUGCGAAGACGCCUGCUGUGCCUAAGAAUAUCGAGUCCCGUUUGAAGGACGGAAAUAUCGCUAUAGUUACUAAAUUCGAAAACUCGGAGGCAUCGUUCACCUUUCAUACGGCACACACCACUACGCCGCCCGAACUGCUCGAGGUGAUUCUGAACAAACGGGCGACUAGGCUGCAGACUCGCGGCGAGCAGCCGAGCGACUUCACACUCAAAGUUUGCGGGCAGGAGGAGUAUUUGAUCGGUGACAAUAUUCCGCUCAUACAGUUCGGCUACAUUCAAGAUUGCCUCGCGAAAGACACGACACCUAUGCUGGUCACGCUCAGCAAGCAGAGUGUACCUGUGGACCAAGAUAAUGCUUUCGACAAUCCGGACGUGGACACGUUGCAACGUACGAAACCAUCGUCCUCGACGUUAACGCUGCGUAAAAAGGGCAAGCAUAUCUCGGUGUGGAAAAUCGAGGAGCCUUUUGUUUUCACCGUGAAUGGAAUUUCUCGACUUAACUGCGAUGCCGCGCAUCGCACCGUAGAGAUUGGACUACAAGCUGGCCUUUUUCACGGUGGAAAAUCUCUCUGCGAAAGUCAAAAAACCAAAGAAAUUAUUGUAAGUUCCGACGGUAGUUGCGAGUGGGAAGAGACUCUCAAAUUCGACAUUAAAGUCAGGGAUAUACCGCGGAUGGCGCGGCUGUGCUUUGUAUUAUACGAGAUCAGUAAAACUGCCAAGGGUUUAAAGAGCAGGAAACUGAUUAGGGACUCGAAGCAGGAGUUCUUCAUAAAUCCUCUAUGUUGGGCGAACACGACGAUAUACGACUUCAAGUCCCAGUUGAAAACGGGCGCUAUGACGUUAUAUACGUGGACGUACGCGGAGGAUAUACAAAACGACGAUUUGCUUCAUCCUCUCGGGACGGUAGUCUCCAAUCCGCACAUCGACAGAGCAGCCGCUCUCAUGUUAACGUUUCCAAACUACGGUAAAGAUCAAUGCGUCCUUUAUCCUACGCCAGAAAAGAUGGUAGAAUAUGCCGAGACAUUGCGAGACCAAUCUAACGAACGCUUGAGUAAAGACGAAUUAAGUCAGGAGUCUGAUGUUAGUCAACAAUUGGAACAACUGAGAUUACUAGCCGACAGGGAUCCGCUGCACGAAUUACACGAACAAGAGAAGAAGACGAUGUGGGCGUUGAGGCAUCAUUGUCUCCGCGAGAUCCCGACACUUUUGGCUAAACUGUUACAGUGCGUCGAAUGGAACGAUCAUAGAGAAGUCGCGGAGGCUACGGCGCUUAUACAACAAUGGCCGAAACUACCGGUAGAGAAAGCGUUGGAGUUGUUAGACUACGCUUACGCUGAUCAAAACGUCCGAAAUUUUGCCGUUCACUGUUUAAGAGACGUCACCGACGACGAUCUCAGCCUCUACUUACUGCAGCUGGCGCAAGCAUUGAAACACGAAAAUUAUUUGGCGUGUCCGUUGACGGAGUUUCUCUUAAAGCGGGCACUUAAUAAUCAGAGGAUAGGACACUUUCUAUUCUGGCAUCUCAGGUCAGAAAUGCAAGUUGGCUCGGUAUCCGUUCGUUUCGGCCUCAUACUGGAAGCGUAUUGCAGAGGAAGCCAACAACACAUGCUAUCAUUAUCUAAGCAGAUGAAAUGUUUGGACAAAUUGAGGAGUGUUUCGCAACAAGUGAAGCAGAAGAAAGAUCGUAAAGCGGCUCUUCAAGGCUUCCAGGACAUUAUCCAGGAAACGCAUUGCCAGGAGGCGAUAUCUGACGUCCUUAAUCCUCUCGAUCCGAGUUUCAGAUGGAAUCGCAUCAAAGUCGAGAAAUGCCGAGUAAUGGACAGUAAGAUGCGUCCGCUCUGGAUGGUUUUCGAGAACCACGAUCCUUUCGGCGAAGACAUUUACUUAAUUCUCAAACACGGAGACGACUUGAGACAAGACAUGCUGACACUUCAGAUGCUGCGUAUUAUGGAUAAGCUCUGGAAGAAGGAGGGCUUGGAUUUACGUAUGAAUCCGUACGGUUGCAUAUCUACGGAGAACAGAGUCGGAAUGAUAGAGGUGGUGCUAAAUGCGGAAACGAUCGCGAACAUUCAGAAGGAAAAGGGCACGUUUUCCGCAACGGCGGCCUUCAGGAGAGGUUCCUUACUAGCUUGGCUAAAGGACCACAACCACACGGAAGCGGCACUGAAUAAAGCAAUCGAGGAGUUCACUUUGAGUUGCGCGGGUUACUGCGUGGCGACGUACGUUCUUGGCAUAGCCGAUAGACACUCUGACAAUAUAAUGGUUAAAAAGACUGGGCAACUGUUUCACGUCGACUUCGGUCACAUUCUGGGCCACUUUAAGGAGAAAUUCGGGUUCAGACGCGAACGAGUACCCUUCGUUUUGACCAAUGACUUCGUACACGUCAUAAAUAAGGGUCAAACGAAGAAAGGGCACGCCGCCGAGUUUCAACGAUUUCAGAAUCACUGCGAGCAAGCCUUUUUAGUUCUGCGUCAGCACGGCGGACUUAUAUUGUCUCUGUUCGCUAUGAUGAUAUCUACCGGGCUGCCUGAACUCUCGUCGGAGAAAGAUCUGAAUUAUCUUAGAGAUACUUUGGUUCUAGAAAUGUCCGAAAGUGAGGCACAAAAGCAUUUUAGGAGUAAAUUUGACGAGGCCCUCUGCAACUCGUGGAAAACGUCGUUGAAUUGGGCGUCGCAUAAUAUGUCCAAGAACAAUAAGACUACAUGAAUAGCAACAAUCGCCGAUAGCGUGAGAGAUCCUUCGCACCCAAGAAUGCUGUCAUGACGUCGUCGAACAUUACGUCGCGUUAUAAAUCGUAAUGUUAGGAUGCACGCUGACGCAUUUGACAAGCACGUUUGGUCGCUUGUCUAGGGCCGGGUAAUUGAGAAAGAAAGGGAAGUAAAACUCGCUUCCGACAGACACCGUCGUCAGGAUUGGAAAUCGACGACCGUAACCAGUAUUUGAGACUGUAUAAGGCGAUCUGUUGCUGCUAGUAUCAAUCAACUCGUAUAGUCGAGAUGUGACUUAGUAGAAUGAUUUCUCAAGACUCGGAUACAUUCGUACAGUUUUAGAGCUCCACUUUGUGCAGCGCAAGCAGUCGGUGCCUACGUUCAUGGCGAUACUUUUCUCUAUUAUGGACGUACGGUACAUAUCAAUUGAACAAGAACCUUCUCAAGUUCUUCUUAAUUGAAACUCCACGUGAGACACUCGAAAUUCUAGCGAUUGAUUCUAAAUUGUUAAUCUCGAGAAACUAUUAUUUUUAUUUUAUUAGUCAAGUAAAUCUCGUUAAGUUGAAUAUUGUUUCGAAAUUCGUUUAUUAUAAUACGUCGAAAGCCUGUGAUGGUACGCAUACGAAUGUUAUUUGUAGUGAUACUGCUGUAUUUGAUUUAUCAUGAAGGGGUAGACAUGCGUCGCAACGUUGUUUAAUUCGAGAAAGCGAUAGGAUUUGAAGAUCGUUCAGAUAACGGAUGAUAUGAUUUAUUCCGUACCAUUGGCAACGACCGUGUGAUAACCCAAAGCAAUAUCUGUUUUGUGAAAAAUUGCCUGUUACAGUAAAAGUAUUAUCAUCGAUCUGGCACGAAUCUUGAUCGAAGUAAUCGAGUAUUUUUCGUUCAAACACGAUUGCGCGAAGACCUGCGAGUUCAUUGCCGAUCCGUGUCAAAUGCACUCCGUCGACCAAGGACUAUUUUUCUUCCGUGAUUUUCUUACGUUCACGUUCAAAAGCUUGCUCGUUCAACGGACAAAAAAAGUAACGAUACAUUUCGUGCUGGUGAUUAGUAAAAUUCCUUAAUUACUAUCACGCGUGAUAUCGUGAUUGAAGUACAUAUACGCGAAGAUAACGAAAGAAAACCACUACGAGAGAUAUAUAUUUUGAUAAACAUACCGCAAUAUAUUAUAAUUAUUAUCCACAUAUUAAGCGAUAGUUAAAUCAAUAGGGCCACUCAUUCUUCAGUGCUGUCCUACUAGACCGCUAUGCUUUCUAAAAACGGCUCUAAAACGCACGACCGUACGCGCGCUCCUCACAAUGUAAGAUAAGAUAAUGAUCUCUAAUACACUAGAAAGAAAUAAAUAAUGUUGCAGACUGCGUCAUUGCUGCAUAUCCAUAUCAUCAUCCUCUUACUAGCGUAUUAUAUUUAAAUUGUCGAGAGACGAACGAGAAAGAGAGCGAAACUUUAUACACGUAACAUUAUAGAUAUAAUACACGUAUGUACGUCUUCAAGUCUCCUGAUUUUAUUUCUCAGUGCCGCUUGUUUUUCGAUUUCUUUGCAGACGGAUUUGCGUGGGCCCCACCAGAGCGCAUAGAUAGGGCUGUAAAUAUGCAAUAUACGGGAUGGAGAGGGGCACGCGUUCCUCCAAUCUCCACACGCGUAUAUAUCGCGUACGCGUGUUCUUUCCCAUUGUACGCAGGUGUACACGCAUCCGCGACACCGCAAUCCCGGGGAAAAGAAGCCGGCUCGCACCUCGAGCGUAUUUUCCGUACUACAUCUCGGGCAAUAAUCACUCGGCUAUUUUUUUUUUCUAUCGUCUCGCAACAGUGUCAGAGAAUGUAAUUUUAUACAAAACGUGGCUGAAUCUUCUGUAUUGGUCAGUGUCUAUUGUAAAUAAAACCAACUUUGAAGCCUGAA